GGCCAGCUGCGUUCCGAGCCCGGGCACCGCCGCCUGCUUCUCUGGAAGCGCCUGGGAGCCCCGCGGCGCGGAGUCCGAAGACGGCCACCAUGGAGGCGCAGGCACAAGGUUUGUUGGAGACUGAACCAUUGCAAGGACGAGAUGAAGACACGGUAGCAAGUGCUGACUUCUCUAGCAUACUGUCUGAGGAGGAAAGAGAAGAGUUAAAGGCAGAAUUAGUUCAGCUCGAAGACGAAAUCACAACAUUACGGCAAGUUUUAUCAGCGAAAGAAAGGCAUCUGGUUGAGAUAAAGCAAAAACUCGGCAUGAACCUGAUGAAUGAAUUGAAGCAGAAUUUCAGCAGAAGCUGGCACGACAUGCAGACCUCGACUGCCUACAAGAAAACACACGAAACCCUGAGUCACGCAGGGCAGAAGGCAACUGCAGCUUUCAGCAACGUGGGGACGGCCAUCAGCAAGAAGUUUGGAGAUAUGAGGUCUCACUCCAUCGGCUACUCCAUUCGCCAUUCCAUAAGUAUGCCUGCUAUGAGGAAUUCUCCUACUUUCAAAUCAUUUGAGGAGAGGGUUGAGACAACUGUCACAAGCCUUAAGGAAGCGCUGACGAAAGUAGGCGGGGCGAACCACGGCGGAGGCAGCUUCGAGGAGGUGCUCAGCUCCACGGCGCACGCCAGCGCGCAGAGCUCAGGGGGCGGACCCCGGAGGGCCGAGGAGGAGGAGUUGCAGUGCUAG